AUGGGGUACAAGGAACAAAGCAUGGAAGAAAAGUUUUAUAAUAUCAUAAUUAAAUUGGAAAUUAUUUCAUCUCAGCAAGCUACCAAGACCAAAAAUAUAAAAGCUCAGGAAGAAGAAAUUCCUAAUAAAAUAAACCGUGCUGAAGCCAAACAUCUUGCAGUCACCUCAGGGUCAGACAAAACAGAAAGAACAACAAAGCGGUCCAGGAUAUCAACCAUAAGGAGGAUAUUUGACAUGGCAAAACACCGAACAAAGAGGUCAUCCUUCUUCUCAACUGGUGUGAAAGUUUGCCCACAAGAAUCAGUGAAGCAGAUUUUAGCCAGUCACCAAGCUUACUAUAGAUUAAGAGUCUGCCAGGAAGCUGUGUGGGAAGCCUUUCGUAUUUUUCUUGAUCGGAUUCCUGAUACUUCUGAAUAUCAGAACUGGGUUACUGCGUGCCAGAAGGAAACCUUUUGCAUAUUCGACAUUGGCAAAAACUUCAGCAAUUCCCAAGAGCACCUGGAAAUAAUUCAGCGGCGAGUAAAACAUAGAACCUUCCAGGAAAGGAAAGAUGAAAUAUCAGCAGAGAAAACAGGAGGCAAAAAGGUGGAAGACAUUCCCUCCAUUUCAACAGCAGCUUUACCCACACCCUCGGCCACGGCCAGCUUCCACUGGCCCGGGCUUGUGCUCAAGCACACCCUCCUGAGGCAAAGCUGCUCCGGUGAGCCGACACCUGACACCAAUACACAAAUGGGAACACUUGUGAUGUGCAAUCCGUCCUUUUCCGGCUUUUCUUUCUUUCUUUCCCCCGCAGGCUCUCCUGGCACUCCCCUCUCUCCAUUCGCCCCUAAUGGCACACUGCUCAACGAGAUUUUCAACGACACCAAGACUCCAGUGAAGGAGCUGGGAACAAAUGCAGUCCCCGAACUGCCUGUGGAGCAAAUGGUGGAAUUCAGUGUCACUCUCACUGAUCAGGAGUACACAGCUGAACUUAGUGACCCCAACUCCCCAGAGUACCAACAACUAGCCACCAAAUUUCAGCUACAGAUGAGAAAAAUAUUUGAGAAACUUCCAGGGUUCAAAGAAAUCCGCGUGUUAGGAUUCAAACAGAAGAAGGAGAAAGAUGGAUCGAGCAGCACGGUAGCAAGAUAUGUGGUGAACUUUGAGAGAGAUGGCUCAGAAACCAAAGGCACUGCGGAUGACAUUGGCUCUAAUAAGGUUGAAAGCGAAAAAAUACCAAUUUCUCCAGUUGAAGAGAGGGAAAUAUCAGCAACUAAACUGACAGUAACAGAUCUUCAACAGCUGGUUGCCACUGCACUCCAUGAAGACCAGUCCCUGCCAGUGGACCUUGGAACACUUCAGUUUACUGAUGAAACUAUUAUAACACCUAGUGAUUUAGAUAAUGAUAUCCAAGGCGUGGUCACUAUUCCUCUGGCAGGACCUGAUGUGGAGGAACUCCCACUAGGUUAUCCCAGUCCAGCAACAGUGGAUCAAAGAGGAGAUGUAUUUGUUGAUGAAUUUGCAACUGAAAGCCCUGCCCUAAGUGAAGAGAUCAGCAUCCCUGAAGAAUUUAAUAAUUUUAUUACAUCUGAACCUGAUUUUCCUACCAAACCCUCCAGAGAACCAUUUCAGGACAGAUACCCAUACACCCCAGUUAUUGCUACUGACCACCCAAGUUUCACAGUGCCUUUCAGUGCUCUGGGUAGCACCAGCAGCCCUCCAAAAUCAGAGGAUUCCUAUUUGCCUCCCCCAGCAGAUGGUUCUGCUGGCAAAGACUUCCUCACGGAUGGCUAUGAGUCUCCAGGGGAGCUGGCUACCGCAGCGGGUCUCACCACCCCGGGUGUCCUGCCCGCCGGAGAGGCGGAGAGCGGCGCUGAGGAGAAGCAGGAACUGCCUGAUACAGCAGAACCUCCUUUCAGGGAAGCAGACCAAGACCUGUCUGGACAAGCAGUUAAGAUCAUGGAAGAACUAGAAUCGUCGGGCGAUGACAUUUUUGUCACAGCCAGCCCUUUCGAAGGGUUGCCUUUCUUCACCGGUCCCGGCGCUGUCUCCACGGCGCAGCCUGGCGCUGUUAUCACAGACGCGCUGCCACCAGUGGCGCCGCUGCCUGCGGCCACCAGCCCGUCCUACAGCCCCUCGGAGAUCAUCGAGCAGUCCCUUGAGGUGCCGCACUCCCCAGCGCCGGCGCCCGAGGGCGCUCCUGCCGAUGGCACCGGGCUGGGCGUGCAGGACAUCGCCGCCGAGCUGGACCAGGCGGGCGCCGUGAGCACGGCGGCGCUGGAGGAAGGGGAGCCGGGCAGCGGGGACAGCGCAGGGCUGGCCACGGAGCCCGCGGGAACCACGGCGGCGCCCGUGCUCAAGUACGUGACCACCAGCUCCAUGACCACCGCCGCCAGGGGCAAGGAGCUCGUGGUCUUCUUCAGCCUGAGGGUAACCAACAUGCACUUCUCGGAUGACCUCUUCAACAGGAGCUCCACCGAGUACAAGGCACUGGAACAACAGUUCAUGCAGCUGCUGCUUCCAUACCUUCAGUCCAACCUUACAGGUUUUAAGCAUUUGGAAAUUCUGAACUUCAGGAACGGAAGUGUGAUUGUGAACAGCAAAAUGAAAUUUGCCAAGACAGUGCCAUACAAUAUCACAGAAGCAGUACACUGUGUUUUGGAAGAUUUCUGUGAUGCUGCAGCUCAACACCUCAAUUUGGAGAUUGACAGCUAUUCCCUGGAUAUUGAGCCAGCUGAUCAGGCAGACCCCUGCAAGUUCAUGGCAUGUGACAAGUUUUCCGAGUGCGUAAUGAACGAGUGGACAAACGAGGCCGACUGCCUGUGCAAGCCUGGCUACGCCAGCCAGGAUGGGCUGCCCUGCCGGAGCCUGUGCGAGCUGGAGCCCCAUCUCUGUGUCAAUGGUGGGAAGUGUGAGCUGGUGCCAGGAAGAGGAGCUGUCUGCAGAUGCCCUGUACGUAGACACCAGCUUUACCAAGGACAGCGCUGUGCAAAGUUUGGUCCAGAACCCACACAACCCUUCACUUUUAAACCUCUCAUUCUUGGCUUAGGAAGCCUUGGUUUUAUUUUCAUCAUUUUAAUUGUUAAGAUAAGAAGAAAAUGCAAAAGAAACUCUAAUUUGCAAAGUCCUACUCUCAGCAGCUGCAAUUCAGAGAACGCUGUGAGGAUUAAUCCUGCUUUUGAACACGAUGAGCCCCUAUCUAGCUUGUGUCACACGGCUUGCAGUGUCACCAGAUGAGUUUACAAAACCAAGACUGAGAAGUUAGUCUCUGGAAUUCUUAGUUUCCAGCGUCAGCCAGACAAAACCAAGGGAUUUUCUCCUAUAGAUAUUCAAGAAAGAAGGUCUGCAUUAUUCAAGAUUGGACUUCAGGAUGAGUAUGAAAAAAAAAUGAAGGAUUCCUAAAGAUACAGUAUUUUGGCUCUAAAAUCAAUGCACAUUAAAAAAUAGUUUUACUGAAGGAAAGCAAAUGACCAAGCUAAGCAGCUUUUCAGCAUGUCUAAAAUGCCUGGUAGGAAGUCCCCACUAUUACGAUGCAUGCAUUAAGCUUCUGGUGCUUACACAAUUUAACUGUUUUAUUUAAGAACUGAGUGCUAGAAACAGAUUUUGCUGAGAUGUGACAUUUUUCAAUAUUGUAUGUUACAACCAUUCUGGUAAAAAUGUCAGUGAAACUUCAGUGCAUUUCUAUACUCCUUUAUUAACGUCCCUUACAUACACUGAUGCAAAUGGUGAAUGGAAAUAAGAGCUGUCAUUGACCAAAGGCGACAGUAAAAGCAUUUGGGAACUUCUUUAUUCCCUCCCUGAAUAUUCACAUUGGAAAUCACACAGAAGCUGGAUUUAAUUUUUCAAGGGUUUCUGUGAACAUCAGAUUCCUAUUUUUCUGUUAGUAAACACAUCAUUUUUACAUAUGUAUAUAUUCACUUAACUGUUUAACUUCUGAUGACAGUGAAACUAUCAGGUUAUCCUAAGACUUCCAACUUUUUGCUGAGGUACAAUAUGUGGAAUUUAAUCUUUUCAGAACAUGGGAUUUAUAUUCACAAGCACUGUCCUGGUAGUGAGUAGAUUAGAAUUGCACAUGAGCACCUACACUUUAGACUCAGUAUCCACACAAAUAAUUUUGAGAGGUUACUGUUAGCUUUUGUAGGAGAAAUCCAAGCCGACAACAGGUGGCCAUUAAGUAUUUUGUAGGCUUAUUAAUUUAUGCACUAUGAAUCCACAAUCCCGAUUCAAGUACCAGCAUUGUUUUGAGUAUCUUUUUCUUGAGUCUAUAUCUCUAUUUAUAUUCUCCACCAGUGCUGUAUUCAGGUACUGGUUUGCUGUUUGGUGCACACCAGAAGUCAUACUUACAGCUCAAACUGAGCUUCUACAAAGUUCACGACUAUCCUGGAUGACAGCUCCUCAUCCAGAUGCGGAACUUUCGUGUAUCCAGGACAGCAGCUGAUUUCAGUGACAAUUCUUACUUCGCACCGUGCAGUUCCCACAGCACAGACUGAACUUCAGUUCACCUUCUCAAGUCCGCUCAAAAGAACUGUUUACGAAUUCCAAACAGCUGCACGGAUCUGCCUGCAAAACCGCCGGAACUGGUGACCGCGUACGAAUGAAGGCAACGCACCAAGAAUACACGGUUGAGUUUCUACAGCUGAAGUAGUGUUUUUACUUACUCUAUUUAAGUAGGAAAGAAAAAAUAACAAAGAAACCUAAGAUGUGGUUUUAUACAGUAACACUUCAGAACAAAAUUACUUUAAAAGUACUUUUUGCGGGGCACUGGAAGUCAUCCUUGCCUACAAAUGCUAGCUUUUCACUAUUGCUCAUGUAAGCUAAGAAUGCAUCAAGAAUGCUGAUAGCAUUCCAUUUUUUUCCACUACAAAUGUAUUUUUGUAUGUGUUUAGUGUUUUUCAACUUAUACUAGUUAUCAUUAGCCAGAUUAAAAAAUAAGUAAUUUUAAAAGGUGUAUUUUAAUAAUGGUUAUUCAUGAUUGUAUUUAUCACUCUCAACUAUUAAUUACCAAAUAUAUUUGCUGGGCGUAAACCUUUUGUAUUUCAAUAAAACAUAAUAAAAUUAUUUACUUGAAAAUUUCACAGGGAAUUGAAGUUGUACCUAAUCUUACAUUAAAACUCAUCAUGUUACUUUAAAACUGAUGUAAAGUUACAGCUGGAGAUAAGGAAACUGAAACAAAAUGAAAUUUCCUAGAUAAAGUAUGAAUUGCUUGAAUUUUUAAAGUACAAAACUACCACUCUGAUUUGGUCCUUUAAGAUAAGAAAGUUCCCCGAGACUCUGAGGGGAGUACAAACAAAACCCCACAAAAGCAAUACCACAUUCCUGUCCCAAACAUAAAGCUUCCCCCACAGCACAUUCACAGCAGCAGAGUUGGUGUCACCAGUCACUGACUGACAAUCUAAAAUUAAAAGGAUGCAGAGUACACAGCAUAGCAAAUGACAGACAUAUUGGAAGUGAUAGCAAUAAAUGCUAAAAAAAAGUAAUAAAAGUAAAACUAUACUUGUUUCAGUAAAUAUUGAGAAAUGAAGUAUGAGAUUUAAGAUAACAAAAUCAGAAUUUUCUAACAUCAGAAUGUUUUUCUGGGGGAACACUUAUUUUAGAAAGGAAAGACAAAAUCUCUACUAUAAUACAGCUUUACAAAGUAGGUUUAAGCACCAAAAGUAUCUCAAGGAAAAGCAAUAGACGGUACCAGCAAAGGAAUAUUUUUAUCUUUCUCAUAACUUAAUUAACCCUUAUGCUUCAACUCUUCAAAGACAAAAGAGUAAAAAGAUACAAGUAAGAUUUCAACAUGGAAUGUGUUUAUUUUUUAUUUUUAAUUUUCAGUACAGUAUUAGGAGGUCAUUUAAAUACUUAAAAUAAAGAUUUUUGAGAAAAACCCAGAGGAUUCAACUAGAUAAAGAAAAACACAAUCUUAUCAAUGGAUAAAAGACAAGUAUUGAAUGACCUUAGGAUCUUCAGAGUAGCAUUCUCAAGAAAAUGCAUAUUCCUGGGUCACCUAGUCAGGAAUGUUGCUUAGUGUGGUGAUUCUCUUCCUCUCCUUUGUUUUGUGGAGCAUUUUAGGCAGAUCUCAACUAUAAUGGACAGCUUCUCUGACAGCCAGGAAGAAUUUUACUCUUUUUUUUUUUAAUGAAACACACAGAGAACCAAGCCAAUGUGCUUUAAAAACCUGAUUAUAAUUUUCUCUAUAAUUGUAGAUAAGAAGGGCAUCAUGUCAUCCUAAAGAUCAAC